CCGAGUCACUGACUGAACCCCCACGCUUUGCAAAGCAAAACCCCUAAAACUAAAAUCCCAGCCUUGUCUUCCCCUCCCCCUUGGUGCCUACUCUAAAAAACAGAGAAGGCACAAAAACUAGCUCUGUGUUUGCGUUUCUGUUUGCUUGUUUUUAAAUCGAUUGAAAGAAAAAGAGAAGAAGAACAGAAAUGGAUGGAGAAGAGGCCGGACCACCCAAGAGAGAACUGUACGCACUUCUCCAAGUGUCACCGGAAGCCACCGAUGAAGAUAUCAGAAAGGCUUAUCGACAUUGGGCUCAAGUUUAUCAUCCUGACAAGUACCAAGAUUUUCAUGUAAUUCAAUUUUUUUUAGCUUUAAAGAAGUUGUUCUAGCUCUGAAAACUCCAUAAUUCGAGUGUUUUUCUUGUUAAACAAGCUUAAUUCAGUGUAAACUCUUGAACAUUCUCUGACAAUAUGGAUCACUCUUUAAAAAUGGGAUUCUGUUGGUUGUCCAAAAUAAUAAACAGUAAGAUGCAGCAAAUAGCCACUGAGAACUUUCAACGAAUAUGCCAAGCGUAUGAAAUAUUAUCGGAUGAGUAUAAAAGGCAAAUAUAUGACAUAUAUGGCAUGGAAGGUAUAAAUUCUGGUUUGGAGCUUGGUCCGAAGCUGGAUAAAGUUGAAGAGUUGAAGGCCGAACUUGAAAGGUUGCGAAAGAGGAAGGAAGAAGAGAAGAUGUUAGCUCAUUUUCGACCUUCUGGCACAAUACUCUCCCAUUUGUCCUUGCCACAGUUUCUGGAUGGUGAUGGCAUUAUGCGAGGAAUGGCUAUGUCUAGCGAAGUUCAAUCUCAAUUAUCUAAGCGCACUGUUAUUGCUAUUGGUGGAAAUUUGGAAGUUAAUGAAAAUUCUGGUGGUGGAGCUGCUUCUACAGUGCUCAGGCACCAGCUUUCUCCAGUUUCAUCCAUAGAAUUCAUAGCAUCAGCUGGUUUACGAGCACUUAUUGGUGUGCAAACAACACGUAACCUAUCUUUACACUCAACGGCUACAAUUGCCAUAGCAAAGUCUCUGAGGGAUGGUUCAAUUAAUCUUUCCAAUACCUGGACCCGCCAACUCUCUGAAACAGCAAAUGGAAAUAUACAGCUUUUAUUAGGUCCUGAGUCAUCUAUAGCAGUUGGAUGGCAAAAGAAACAUGAAAAAAUGUCUGCUUCUGGAGAGCUGAAGAUUGGCACAAGCUCUUUUGCUGCGUCAGCUCAUUAUACUCAUCGCUUUUCUUCAAAAUCUCAUGGUCGUAUUGCUGGCAGAUUUGGAAGCACCAAUUUGGAGGUUGAAGUUGGUGGGGGGAGGAAAUUAUCUAAUUUCAGCACCGUUCGAAUGCUGUAUACAAUAGGAAUUCAGGGAAUCUUUUGGAAAUUUGAAUUGCACCGAGGAGGACAAAAGUUGAUUAUUCCUAUGUUGCUUUCCAGGCAUUUGAAUCCAGUGUUUGCAACUGGAGCAUUUGUAAUCCCAACAUCUCUUUACUUCUUACUCAAGAAAUUCGUAGUCAAACCUUAUUACCUUCAAAGGGAAAAGCAGAAGACUUUAGAGAAUAAAGAGAGAAAUUCUGCCCAGGUUCAAGAGGCAAGAGCUGCAGCAGAAAAGGCACAACAAUUAUUAAAAAUUGUGGCCAAUAGGAAAAUAAGUAGGCAUUUAGAAACAAAUGAACUUGUAAUUACUAAAGCUGUGUAUGGAAGCAGUAAAGCUUUGAAGAAAGCAGAUGAAUCAAGAGAAGUAAACAAAGAAUCAGCUUCAGAAGUCUUUGAUGUUACAAUACCUCUUAAUUUCCUAAUUAACGAUUCUGGCCAACUGAAGCUUCAUGAGGGUGUAAGGAAGUCAGGAAUCAUGGGCUUUUGUGAUCCUUGCCCUGGUGAACCUAAGCUGUUGCAUGUGGAAUUCACUUACGGUGGCAAAAGAUUUGAGGUGGAGGUUGAUGAUUAUGCAGCGUUGUUGAUACCCCAAGAAUCCCAUAGAGUCUGAAUGCCUCUCACAGCGGUGUAAUCUAGAACCAGCUAUUUCUCACAAUUUUGCUUCUUCACAUGCCUUUUGAACUUAAAUUUAAAGCGUCUAUUUAAUAAAACAAAUGAAGGAUUAAAAGCA